AUGAGUCGCAGCGAUCAGCAUGGCGGCAGAGAUGAGCGCUCUCCGCUUAUACGCCGCGCCCACAAAAAUGACGACAUUGGUGAACGGGCUAUGAGAGGCAAAGGGCAGAAUGCCGGGGAACCAUAUCAACCGGAAGACGAUUAUUUCGGCCACACAUCCUCGGAUGCCAUCGACCUCGAAGAUUCAGAAAGUGUCGAGAGUAAAAGUUCUCUGUACCUCAUCCUCCUCACAGUAUGCAUUGGUGGUCUGCAGAUCGUCUGGUCCGUUGAGCUUUCCAAUGGGUCCCCAUACCUGCUCUCCCUGGGCAUGAGCAAGGCUCUGCUCGCAUUCGUGUGGCUGGCUGGUCCAUUGACGGGGGUGCUCGUACAGCCGUACGUCGGCAUCAAGAGUGACCGCUGCAGAAUCUCGUGGGGCAAGAGAAAGCCUUUCAUGCUUGCUGGUACGCUGGGCACUAUUGGGGCUUCUAUGAUUCUCGCAUACGCAAAAGACAUCGUCAGAGUCGUUGGACGAUUUGACACGGACGCGCCAUAUGUGGGCGGUUACAAGGUCGGGACCAUCAUACUUGCUACAGUUAUGAUGUGGUGUUUGGAUUUCUCGAUCAAUACAGUACAAGCAGCAAUACGUGCAUUUAUCGUGGAUAAUGCUCCGUCCCAUCAACAAGAAUCAGCCAAUGCAUGGGCAUCCCGAAUGAAUGGUCUCGGCAACGUUCUAGGCUACCUCUUUGGCUACCUGAACCUGCCUCGAUAUUUCCACUUUUUCGGAAACACGCAAUUCAAGGUCCUGGUUGUGCUCGCAUCGAUUGCAUUGAGCUCGACUGUCUUAAUCAGCAUUCUUUCCAUCAAAGAGCGGAACCCACAGCUUGAUCCCCCAUCGAGAGACACCGAAGAAGGGGGAAUACUUGCAUUCUUCAGACAGGUCUUCAGUUCUAUGCGCCGACUGCCGCCUCAGAUCCGCAAGGUCUGCGAGAUACAGUUCUUUCACUGGAUUGGCUGGUUUCCCUUCCUCUUCUACAUUACAACUUGGAUUGGUCAGCUAUACGUCAACCCUCAUCUGAAGCCUGGUAUGUCUGAUACAGAAGUCGAACGCCUUUGGGGGGAAGCAACCCGCAUUGGGACACUGGCACUUCUCGUCUAUGCAGUUGUGUCUUUCAUGGCCAACAUUAUCCUGCCGUUCUUGGUAGUGCCAAGCUACAAGGCGCAAGACUCGGAUUCGGACACAGAUAGUUUACCGCCGCCACCGAUGACGCCAAUCACGCCAGUCACUCCAGUCGGUGCGAGGACCCCCGCAACACCGUGGGGCGACCGACCUCCAAUGAGUCGGUCUGGAACCAGCCAGUGGAAGCCGGGCCAUCGCCCGCGGAAUCUCAGCCGGUCUCAGACCAGUCUGUCAAUCAACAGACCCCUCAAUACCCCAGGCCUGACGCGGUUGCACACCACUCCGGGCUUGGCCCGGCUGAACCGGAGUGAAAGGUCAGAAACCGCAUCCAAGUGGUUGACUAUGGUCCAGAUCCCGGGGCUGACACUACGCCGAGCGUGGCUCCUUGCGCAACUUCUCUUCGCUGGGUGUAUGUGGAGUACGCUGUUCAUAUCUACCCCUCUGGGAGGGUCAGUCAUGGUUGCCCUGGUGGGGAUUUCUUGGUCGUUGUCGCUGUGGGCACCAUUCGCGUUGAUAUCCGGGGAAAUUGCGAAGCGUGAGGAGCGACGGCGAAAGAAGCGACGGGCGAGAAUUGCCAAUGGACAAGAUGCGGACGAGGCCGACGACAAGGAAAAGGAUGAAGAAGAUCAAGCCGGGAUCAUCCUGGGUCUCCACAAUGUUGCACUCAGCGCGCCUCAAGUGCUAGCGACGUUGAUGAGCAGUGUUAUCUUCAAGCUACUCCAGAAACCGCGGAAUGAGCCUGGUGAUACUAGUGUAGGGUGGACCCUGCGCGUUGGCGGCCUUGCCGUGUUGGUGGCGGUUUUCAUAACUUCGCGGAUGAAGGAGCCCGGCGACGAGACCGAGGACGAGGUCAUAUCCCCAUGA